UGCGCAUGUGCGCGGUCGCUUAGCGACCGCCUGUACACAAGGAGCCGGCCCCUCGCCGUGCACCUGCUCCGGCUCGACAGCCAUGGCCGAGGAAACCGGGGAUGUCUCGCAGCUGCAGCUGGAGUCAAUCAUCGGGUUCAACGGCAAGGUGCCUUCUGGUUUAUCUGUGCAUCCUGAUGGUGAAAAUAUAAUUUACCCCCUGGGAUGUACAACUAUAAUACAAAAUUUGAGCAGUAGCCAACAGGCUUUCCUGGAAAGUCAUACGAACAAUAUCUCCUUUGUCACUGUUAGUAAGAGUGGAAAGUAUAUUGCCACAGGACAGGUCACCUACAUGGGUUUCAAGGCUGAUAUCCUUAUCUAUGAUUAUUUUAAAAAAGCAGUUCAUGCAACUAUGACUCUUCACCAAGCCAAAGUUGAAGCAUUGGCAUUUUCCCCAAAUGACCUCUAUUUGGUAUCUGUUGGAGGUCAGGAUGAUGGCAGUGUUGUUAUUUGGAAUGUUGCAACAAAAACAUCUAUCUGUGGCCAUCCUGCUACUGUUCCUACUGCAGGAAAUGCACUAGCUGUAAAAUUCGCCAACCACAUGGAUGAUGUCUUUGUUACAGCAGGAACUGGUACACUUCGUCUCUGGCUCCUGGACUUACCCAACAGAAAGAUUCGUCCCACUGAAUGUCAGACUGGAGUGUUGAAAAGAAUGAUCAACUGUAUUGAAGUAACAAAGGAUGAUAGUUUCUUCUACUGUGGAACUACUACUGGUGAUAUUUUGAUGAUCAGCAUGAAAACUGGUCUUCUUAACACUUAUGGGCCUACUAAGGAUAAAUUCAGUUUGGGAGUUACUGCUAUAGUAGAACUGAAAUCAGGGGAUCUUCUUGUUGGAUCUGGAGAUGGUAUUGUAGCUCUGUGCAAAGCACCAAGCUUCAAAUCACUCAAAAAAAUCCAUGUGGACGGUGGGAUUACUUCAAUCAGUCUUCGUGGUCAAGGACACCAGUUUUUUGUUGGUACCCUUACCUCCCAGAUAUAUCGAUGUAACUUCACUGAGUUCAAAGAGGAGCUGAUUACAACAUGUCACUGUGAUUCUGUCCUUGAUGUAACAUUUCCCUGUGGAACAUCAGACCUCUUUGGAACAUGUUCUAAGGCUGAAAUAAGAAUCUGGCAUACCUCUACCAAUAAAGAACUACUGCGAAUAGUUGUCCCGAACAUGACCUGCAAUUCCAUUGAAUUUAUGCAUGAUGGGAGGAGCAUUAUUAGUGCUUGGAACGAUGGGAAGAUUCGAGCUUUUACCCCGGAGACUGGCAAAUUAAUGUAUACGAUCAAUAACGCUCAUCAUGAUGGUGUCACAGCAAUUGCUGCCACUAGUGACGGCAAGAAAAUAAUCAGUGGAGGUGGUGAGGGACAGGUACGGGUGUGGGAAAUUGGUUCAAAAAGCCAAAGGCUGAUUGAAGCUCUGAAGGAGCACUCAUCAACAGUAUCAUGCAUUAAAGUUAAAGAAAACAAUCAAGAAUGUGUAUCUGCAAGCUUUGAUGGUACUUGUAUUAUCUGGGACAUAAUACGGUAUGCAAGAAACCAAAUGAUUUUGGCAAACACCCUUUUCAAAUGUGUCUGUUAUCAUCCUGAUGAAUAUCAGAUAAUAACCAGUGGAAAAGACAGGAAGAUUGGUUAUUGGGAAGUAUUUGAUGGAUCAGUUAUCAGAGAGCUGGAUGGCUCCUUAUCUGGUUCUAUUAAUGGAAUGGACAUCACAGCAAAUGGUGACUUCUUUGUAACUGGAGGUGAAGAUAAAUUGAUUAAAUUGUGGGGAUACAAUGAAGGUGAGGUUACACACAUUGGAAUAGGUCACAGUGGGAACAUCCACCGUAUUAAGAUCUCUCCCAAUAUGAAACACAUAAUCAGUGUUAGUUCAGAUGGAGCAAUUCUGCGAUGGAGAUAUCCUUAUACAGACUAGUGCACGGAACACUUCAUGACAAAUGACAAUAUUACUUCAGAAUGCUAUUUUGUUUUUAACUUUCAGACAGUCAGUGACAAAUUUUCAUGAAAAUUCUUCUUUAGGUUUCUAGUAAAUAACUUCCAAUAACUGUUCUCCCAAAACUUCUACUUCCUUUAGAAAUUAAUUAAAAUCUGUACCUUUGUUAUUGAAUGUUGAAGUUGUAAUUUUGGAGAAAUCUUUUUCCCAAAUGAUGCAAUGGUAAAUGACAUGAAGAUUAAAUCAUUAAAAAUGUAUAUUUCAAUAAAAACAGGAAAAUAAUUAAUGUUUGCUUUAAUAACUUGUGAUUAUAUGUUAAACUGGAUUCCAUGUUGCUAUGCACUAGC